AUCAAAACAAAAGGUCAAUGCACCGAGUUCAGGUUUAACCUGAAUCCAACUUCAGUCUGUUCAACGCUGUCAUUUACACACGUCAAAAAUGGAGGAGGAACGUCUUUUUGAUGAAAGAGUUUCUAUUCGGGAUUCUGCUCGCCCCCUUAAAAAAUAUGGAAGUACUUGCAACCAUAUGAAAAGAAACGAAGAAUACAUCAAGCAUGUGAUGUCAAAAGGUGAUACUUUGCAAGGACUCGCCCUCAAAUAUGGUGUUACUAUGGAGAAGAUAAGGCGGGCAAACCGUUUAUUUGCCUCGGACAGUUUGUUUUUACGGGAGUAUUUAUUGAUUCCUGUCACCAAAGAUUCUCCGUUCUACGAGAAUGGUGAGCGUGUGACGGAGCUGCCUCCUCCCAAUCAUCGCGCUUCGAUCGCGGGCAUGCCUACUGGGGACUUCUCCCCGGGCAGCCCGGACGAAAAGAAGAGUUUUGACGAGUUCCUCAAUAGACUGGAUUCUUCCCUAGCUGAUAUCAAAAAACAUGUGGAGAAGACUAAGGAGUCCAGCGA